GCUAAGUGAUUGUAGAUAGGCCAUAAAGUGCGUUUUUUUUCGCGAUUUUGAAGGAGAAAAAAAAAAGUCCAGCAAAAAAAAGGUGAUUCCUUGCGAUGAGAAUUUUUCCACCUUCAGCGCAGAAAGCCGUGACGACCGUCGCCGUCGGAACGUGGACCGGAUUGUAGUGGUGUCGCGCGCGGGUAACGGGUUUUUUCCGGGAGGGGAUUAAGGAUUUUUGGCCGGAACAGUUCGCACAGGGCCUCCUUUGUUUUGUGUCCUCUCGGAAUUGCGCGAGGGACGAAGAACAUGGUGGUGAGCUGGCCCUGCCUGGAUUACUGAACCUGUUGGGAGGCACACGGAGCGGCUGGUCCAAGCGGAUAUGACCACCGGAAGCAGCUGAGAACGGAUUACCCUGGUGGCAAGAGGAAUAAAAGGAAGAUUGUCGGAGCAGGAAGAUUGCCGUAGAAUAGAGGAAAAAGUCAAAGUCUCGAGAGUGUGGGGUGGAAAAACCCAGACCACAGGAGUUGACCCGAUAAAGCGAUAGAGGGAGAGUCUUGUUUAUCAAUCGUUUCCUUCCACGGGAAGAGGAAGGUUAGAUAAUCUGCCGUGGGAUCGGUUCCGUGCUGACCACCGACAAGAGAUCUAUUUACGAAGCCUUCGUCGUGUCGUUUUCUUUCCCCACUCUUUUGGCACAGUGAAACUGAUCGUCAGCAGAAAGAAGGAAAAAAAUAGAAUAAAAAAAUAGCGAAAAAAUCGUCCCACUUUGCGUGUGUGUGUAUGUGUGCUCGGUGCUGCGUGUAAGUGUGCGCGGCCAGAAUAAUAAUAACAACAGUCAGUCAGUCGUCAGCAGCAGGUCCCCUCCCCGCAAGAAAGGGAACGACGAGCAGAGCGAAGCGAGAAGCAAUAUUCCGUCCGUCGCCGACUUGAGCCUCCUCGCCAAAGCCCCCUCUCCGGCCAGGGCGGCGGGUGGUCCACAAAUCUUUGUGUUUGAGUGUGUGUGUGUGAGUGAGCACAGAACACACACAGUCUGUGGUUCGUCAAAAUCCGAGGGACCAUCCCUCCCGCGGGAACCGACAUCGGCGAAGAAACGAAAUCCGGAAGAAGGAAGCAAGCAAUCGCCUGGAGCAGGCCCUGCGGGCCAAGAGUGCGGAGUCCCCACGAAAUCUACUAUGUAGGGAGAGUGUCUGUGUGUGAUUUCGCGGAUUAAAACGGUGGUCGUUGCUUUUUUUUUGCUUUUUUAUUUCUCUGUUUGUUGUUUGCGUUAAUUUGAGUUGAUUUCUGCUUCUCGCCGUCGUCAGUGAGAGAGAAUCUUAUCCGCGAGCAAGAGAUCUGAAAAGGGGGGAGGGUGCGAGCGGCGGGGGGCUCUUUGUAGUCUGGCUCCCGGAAGUGGGAAUCAGAACCCAGAACCGUCAAGGAUUAUCCCCAGGAGUGUCGGAACGACGACCUAAGAAGGAGACCGGAAGAGCCUUCCCCUUUGUAUGAAAAGAGAUGGGAAUAAAGGCCAGCACAGCAAAUGGUGGACAGUCGAGUCCUAGGGCCAGAACCUUCUCCACCAGCAGCAGCUCGGACGUGGUGUCCGCCGGUGCAGGAGCGCCGUACGAGCUAUCCUCCGCCAGUCCGGAAACCGACAGCAGUUCCGCGGAGGAUGCGGCGGCAGCGGCCGCGGCCAGUGCGGCCUCGCUCGCCCUCGGACGGGUGUACGCGGCCACCUCGCUGCCGGCGCACAUCUGGUCCUUGAAUGGCAUCAAAUGUCCAGUGUGCAGCAAGUUUGUCAUGCCCGACGAUAUAGAGUGUCAUUUAGUAAUGUGCCUAACGAAACCUCGUUUGUCUUACAAUGAGGACUGCUUAACGGAUGCCAAGGGUGAAUGUGUUAUAUGUUUAGAAGAUUUAUGUCCCGGUGAUAUCAUUGCUAGACUACCAUGCUUAUGCAUCUACCAUAAAGGAUGUAUCGACAAAUGGUUCGAGGUGAAUCGCAGCUGCCCGGAACAUCCGGGCGACUAGUGAAACUAGGCCCCCCGGAAAGUAAAUAAUAAAAACAAACAACAACAACAAAAAAAUCGCGAAAAACGGGGUGGGUUUUGUACUAAGCACGCGCGGGGUUAAUUCUAGUAGAGUAGUGUAACAACUAAACUAAUGUAAUUAGUAAUUGAGGAGGGGCAGAGGGAGAGCGAGAGAACGCGGAAGGUAAGAGAAGAGAAACAAAGCUGAUCAACUGUGAAUGUGUGAGAUCGAAAGGGAAGAAAGAGUCAACCGGGCAGUUGGAACAGGGAAGGGGUAAAUCGGGAAAGUUACUUAUUUUUGUUGUGGAUUUAUUUUGUUGAACCUAACUUUAGCAGAUCACAGACAGUCGGAACGACCAGCAGGAAUGGGGACGAAAAGGGACAAAUCUUUAUGUAGGACAACCACCCAAACGCAAACAAUGUGCAACUUUUUACUGUACUGUCGCAAUAAAUCGAUCAAUAGAGGCAAUAGACUAGCCAAUAAGAGCUGGAUUCCGCAAUGAAAAUUUUUACUUUGACGAAAAAUUAACCUUACAGCUGUCAUGACUUCAACAACGCAAAAGUGGGUAACCCAACUAAAUUUUGAGUAACUUCAGUUCUAACCUAAACUUGGGUGACACCUGUCAAAAUGUCUGUUUCCACUCGGUGACGCUCUUUCUUUUUCGUUGAUUCUGGAAAGAAUGAGAUAAAAAAAAGUGCAGCGACCAGUUCGCUCUGUAAAUAGUUGACAGAUUAAAAAUGAAGCAACGGUAAGAAAUUAAACACAUAGAUCUUAAUGCAAGGUAAACAAAAAAAUCUAUAACUGAUUAAAAAUAGUGAAUCGAGCAAAAAAGGUAAAUCGAAGACAAAAGUAAAACACACACACACAUUAAACAAUAAUUGUAAGGUAAAUUAUGUAGUGAUAUAAUCGUUAAACCACAGCAAAAAAAAAGCAAGAAUUCAAGAAAAGAGAAAUAAUUGUUAACAAUCCGCUACACUCUUUGCAAUAGGAGAAAAGAUCAAACCAAACACAUCAGGCUUUCAGUUUGAACCCACAGUCAGUGUUGCAAAUAAUAACAAAAAAUAUAUGCAAACUUCCUUUGUGUUUCCGUUUGACCGAGUCACAACAUUUUACACCCAUUUUCUCGCAAUAUCAAUUCGGAGAUGGGAGAAAGAACGGAAGGGAAACCCGUUUUGCAUGCUACGUUGAGUAAUUGUUGUAAAUAAUAGACGAAAAAAGUAUCUCUAUUGAGAGUAAAGUAAAACAAACAGUAGACAAAAGAGCUAAAAUAACACACAUGCAACUGGAAAAAAAUGGAAAACGACAAAGUCUUUCGUUUUACUGAAGAAAAGAUGCGUGCGUGUAGAAAAAGAGAAAAGGCUAAAAAUUAUACAACAAAAUAAAAUAAAAAAAAAACCAGAAAUAGUUCCCCACGAGCAAGGACAACAAAGCUAGGAAGCAGGACGAGAAUGAGGAGCUUGAAUCGCCACCGUUGUUAUUACACACACACACACACACACAUUGAUAGUACCCCGUGUCGCCGUCAUCAUCGUCGUCGUCGUUAAGCCGUUGGCAAUAAUGAAUUUGUUACACCGCAAAGUUAGUUGAUGCAAUCGCGUAUAAGUAAAACAAGAAGAAGAAACUAGUGAACAGAAAAAAAAGUCCCCUGAUAACAGCAAAAAAAUCCAUUAGAGGAGCAAAAGGGUGCGUGUGUACUGAGUUAAUGUGUACGAAGAUGGAGCGGGGUGGGUAAAUGGACCACUUUUGGGACCGUUUGCGCGAGUGACAAAAUUAGGCAAAUGCUGAAAGGUAGUGUCGCGCGCUUUUCUAUUACCGCUGUAGACUGCGUAGAAGUGACGCGUAGUCCCGCGUCAAAGGUGAAACAAAAGUAUUGAAUUUUUCGAUGGGGAGGUGCGCAGCAAAGCAAAAGGGCCAAUUGAGAAAAAGAGAUAGAAGGGGGAGGAUGAAAAUAUCAUUUUAGGUAGAUAGAUAAAUCAACGAUCAACUAUUCUAAAAUUUAACCAAAAAGGUAAAAAGAAACAAUGCGAAGCUUUGGAGAAUAAAUUAGACAAAUUAUAUGAAAUGAAAGUAUUACCGGUGGUGAUUUUCAGCUCAGCGUUAUUUUGACGAUAUUUGAUCAAACUUACUGCAAACAUUCCAAACUUUCGUUUGAGGUCCUUUGCUUUACGCAUAUUUUCAUGUGAUCAAUGUCGAUCUUCCAUCCGUACGUCUCAAAUUUAGAAAACAGUUAGGAAUGCAACACUGGGUAAAAAAACCUUGGCUAAAAUUUAUCUCUUUGGACGUAAUUUCAUUUAAGCGUGCAUUGUUUGAAAUCAUCAAACGUCAUUGUCCAAGGUGUGUGGAUUAUUCAAGGUAAGGCAGAUCUUCCAGCUGUCAAAACAUGGUUUGCACGGAAAGCGGAUUUCAUGUGAUUUUCCGUAAAGUUAAUAUUUGGAGCCUAACAUUCCAAAAGGGCACAUAACUUUUGUAAACAAUAGUGUAUCCCUUUCACUCAAAUGACAGUUUACAUAAGGUGUGAAAGGGACACACUCUUGGUUAAAAAAGUUAUGUGCCCUAAUGAAAUGGCAAGCACGAUUUGAUCGAUUUUCGAUUAAAUUUAAUUUUUGAUUUUGUCCUUUACAUGUUCACUUCAAAUUACUCAUGUUGAAGUUAUGUUGGUAGUUUUUACUCAUUUGUGGUUGAAUUACGCUCCUGUUUGGGUAAUUUUUAACUGAUUUACUUAGUGAAAUUUAUCUACAAAUUAGUCAAUUUAAACUCAAUCUGGAUCUUUUCUGCAACAGAUCCGACAGCAAAUUUAUACUGGUUUGAUGUUUGCUAAGUGAAUGUCACUGCUUGCGAUCCACAAUACCUUGGUCCAGAUCGAUGAUAUUGAUGUUUUCAAACGUAACCAAACUUUUCAACUCCCUCAGCAAACGUCAAGUCAGUACAAAUUUGCUGCCGGAUCUCUUCCGUGAAUGAUUUUGUAUGGCUUGACGUUUGCAUUUUUAAUGUUUUAUUGAUUUUUUAACAAUUCGUUUUAUUUAUCCAUUUUUAUGACAAUUUUAUCAAGGAAAAUCACCACUCAAGCAGAGACUAGCUAAAUAAACAAUCGUAGUCCAGCAAAAAAAAAUAAAUACAAAUUGUCCGGUUAGGUUUCAGUCGUCUUUUCACGCGUACCGUAAUUUGAAAAAAAGAAACAAAUAAACACCGUCUCUAGUAUUGUUUUCUACAUCAAACUAAUAUCAAAUCAAUAUUAGCACAUUUGUGAACCCAACCGAUAGUUUUUUUGUAACCCCCAUCCACAGCACACCGCCCUCUUUUUUAUACAGAAUGUUUUGCAAACCCCCCGAUAAAGCAGUGUAACAAUGAGAGUUGCUAGCCGAAAAAUUAGUUAAAUUUAAACGACAUUACAGUCGCAAGUAACCCGUUUUUUUGUACAGUCAUCAACAGGAAGGUGAAUUAACACAAGCUAUCUUAUCCGUUAACGCUCUACACGAAAGGGAACCAGAAUUCAAAAAAGUUAGAAAUAACGUGCAAGCUGAAAACGGCGCGAGUUGUUACAACUAGUGAGUAACAUAACAGCGCGAAAACAUCACCCACACACACGCACGCGUACGUCACGGAAAUGUGUUUAUUGAUUUUUUGGUGUAUUUUAAGAGGAAAACAUUAAAUGAGAAAAAUUUAAAACAAAAAAAAAUAGCCAUUUAAUAAGAGAUGAAUAAAUCUUAAUCUGUGAUUACUAUUAAAAUUUAAAGGUAAAAACAUAAACACAAGGAGCAAACGAUUGAUCUUGUUUCUCUGGAUUAUUUUGUGGUACACAAAGUAAAAAAAAAAAACGUCGCUUAGUUUGCCUAGCAUAGUUUGCUCUGUUUCCUUUAUCGUCCUAUUUUACUUCCUGUCAACAGAGAAAAAAAAUCAAAGAAGGAAACUAAACAAAAACCGGUCGACACACGGAAAAGAUACGAAAAAAAAACAACAGAUUGCUCAUCGAAUCGUGAACUGUCACAGCAAAGAGUGUUUUUAUUUUGAAAUGUCCGAGGGAACGGCGAAAGCCGUUCGCCUCGAGCGAGGUAGACCGCUUUAGGUUAUACUCUAUAAUCCCGUAUUGAAUAAAAAAAGAAAAUGUGAAAGAAAAAAAGAAAAUAAGAACAAAAAAAGUUGGUGUGAUGUAAUGACAAAAAAACAUUAGAAUGAAAGCUGAACAAGCAUCCGUUAAGUGAAUAAAAUAAUAAUUAAAACAAACAAAAACACACACAAAAAAAAAAAACUAGGAAAAUGAACAAAAAAUCUGAAGCUAAUUAUUGAUGUGUGUGAAGCGCGCGCACACGAAAUGAAGCAUGAGAACAGUGCGGCGAAAGUGUUGACAUUUUAAAAUGAAAUUGGAGUAAACAUAAUGAAACAAACUAAGUAUAACUUAAUACGGAAAGCAAAGGACGAAGAAGUAAAAAAACACAUAUGGAAACAAAAAGAAAUAUUCAAUUAACCAUCUAUGUAUAUGUAUGUAAGCAUAUAAAGGUUUUACUCAUAAUUGAAAAUAAAAACAAAAUUAAA